AAUGACUCAUCUUGCUCGGCUGAAAACAGAAGUAUGGAACAGUAUUUAAGCAAGCAAGUGUCAUCAAUCACCGGGAUUCGGGCCUUCUUAAAUUUGAGGAGGGGAGAAACCCAAUUUCACUCGGACACUACCGUGUAAAUAAAAUUGCAUAGAUAUAGACCCACGUCCUCGUCUCAAUUCUACGGUUCUAUUGCUUUCGUGCUCCCUUCGCAACUCCUGGGAAAACAGGAAAGCGUUUUAAUUGUGUACGCGACUGGUCUGAAAUAGAGAUAUGGGAAGGCUAUUUGUGAUCACUCUUGAAGGAAGCUUCUAUAGCUGCAAGUACUGCAAAACACACCUCGCCCUUUCAAAAAAUACUGUUUCCAAGACUUUCCACUGCAGGCAUGGCAAGGCUUAUCUAUUUGAUAAAGUUGUGAAUGUCACGGUUGGAGAGAAAGAAGAGCGUUUGAUGAUUACUGGAUUGCACACUGUUGUUGACAUUUUUUGUGUAGGAUGUGGCUCACUUGUGGGUUGGAAAUAUGAAGCUGCACAUGAAGAAAGCCAGAAGUACAAGGAAGGGAAAUUCAUCCUCGAGAGGUUUAAGGUGUUGGGUCCUAAUGGAAGCAACUACAUGUCAAGUCAGGAAGCUCAAGUUGGUGGAAGCGAUGCUGAUGAUGCCUGAAUUAUCAAGUUUUGAAAGUUAUUUAACUGUUUUACUGAUUUUAGUUUUAAAUUCUCUGCACCCUAUGUUCUUGUCUGAGUCUGCUAUCUGGGUUCACAUUUGGUAUCUUCACCAUCCUAGAUGAGUUUCGGAGAUGGUAUUUUUUUUUUCUUUGACAAGGCAGAUAGUAUUAGAACAAUGCCAUUUGUAUAAUUUAUAAUUUUGGUUAGUAUUGAA